AUGAUAUCCAAUGCUCCAAUUUUUGCAAAUCAACCUCAACCAGUACAAACAGAUGUCCACAUAUCACGGAUAAGAUCACUCCGGAUCCUUGGUGGAGCACAGAUUGGUCUUGGUGUCAUUUGUGUUAUCCUUGGAAUUGUUGGAGUUAUUCUAAGUAACACCAACAGUAACAGUAAUUGCAGUUAUGAUUAUCUGUAUGGAUAUGAUCAAUACUAUUAUUGCAGGGAUUCAAGCGGUAUCUUCGUAUUGUAUUUGAUUUGCAUUGCUUUUUCAGGUUGGUUUCUACUGACAGGUUGUUUACCUUUAUGCAUGACAGAACAACGACAAUCAAGCUGGAAAUGUUUAACCGUAGCGUUUCUGGUUUGUAAUAUAUUGUCAGCUGUUGUAUUUUCGUCCACUGUGUUUUCUUUAGCAAUUGUCGGAUCCCUUAUUCAGCAAAGUGUCAUAUAUAUCCACACAGCACAACCUGGAAUGAUACAUAACAUGCCAAACACAAGAAUUCUUACAGGGAACCAAUACGAAUACGAUCAACUAUGGAAGCCCGAAAUGGCGGGAUAUAAUGGUCAAAAGCCGGCUAAUAUAACAAAUAACCAACAACAACCAAGUCAUUUGCAAGGAAAUCAAAUUCUAAUACCAGACUACCAUGGACAACAACCACAACCAUUUACAAUGGCUUACCAGCAACAGAACAUAAACGCGCAACAAUUGGUAUAUUCACCCGAAGCUGCUGGGUAUACGACUAUUCAAGAAGUUGAUAAUAAUUAG